AUGUUGGAUCAAGACCUGACGUUGGAAGAUUCUCACAUCGAUUUCGGAGAAUGGCCCCUGCGCCAGCCCACGAAUAUCAUAGAAGGAGGGAGAGAAGGCGUCGUUUAUCUUCAAGGCCGUCUUCUCGGCGAGUCCAAAGGUCGAGUAAGUUAUGAGGUUCAACUCAAUGAUAAGUUGGAGAACUUUAUCCUCGAGUUCCAUUGUCCAUCUCGUCCAUUCAGCAAGAACUAUCUCCACGUGAUCUCCUGCUCCAGCGGAAUAUCCGUUGACGUGAGAGGUCUCAACGAACGGGGUAGCCCACUUAAAGGAAGUGUUGAUGUCAGAGCCAACCCGGCCCCCGUGCAGACAGAACAUUUGGUUGUGCGGAGUUCUUCAGAUAUUGACCAACGGAGCCUAGAGACGAAUUCCCACGAAGGUUCAAUCAGGGUCAAAUAUGAUUUCGGUCUCAAGGUACCUUUGCCUACAGACAACUGGGACAGGCGUCCUAUCCAUGAAAGCAUAGCAAUCGCUGCUUUCAUCCGGUCAAGGAUACCCUUUCCUAAGGGGAGUUUUUACAACAACAUCAAUGAUAAGCAGUGGGAGUUCUUUCGGGGUAUCAUCUGGAAUGAUGACCCCUCAUGUCUAUUGUUUGUCAACGAUACUCAUGACAACCGUCAUUUCGGGGUCGGGUACGAUUGGGCCAAAGCCUAUCUUGGAUCUACUAACGAUCGCCGCAACAUGACGGUGCGAUCCCAUCGCGGCGAUUUGCAAUUUCUUCAUGCCAUGGGCAGGUUUGACGGUGAUCCCGCAGAUGAUACCCGUACACGUAUCCUGCAGUGGAUGAAGGUCAUGUACAAACUCGCCUGUGGCAAUCAAGGUGUAUCUGCCAACGACCCAUUGAAGAAGCAUUUUCCGACGGACUACUUCGACAGUCGGUCUACUCCUACGCAAGAUUCUUCUUUGCGGGACCUUUUAAUCGCAAGUACGCCAAGAUAUGCACAUAUCAACGUGCAGGCUCGUGCACUUGGAAGCUGUCUUCACAUCAUUUCAGAUUCUUUUUCCCUGGGUCAUACACAACGACGACUAAGAAAUCACAAAGAUUUGAUAGACCGCGAUAGUGAAGGAUACAUCCGAUUUAGGCCUGGUGUAUAUGGGGACUGGGGUCCGAUACUUUGCUUUCAUAACUACGAUAAGCAAAAUAUCUGGAGACAUCACCAUUAUGAUACGCGGCGCAACAGCGAGGACCCUAUCCCUAAGUAUAUCCAAACUUUCGACGAAAUCGUUGGCGCUCGAAAUGCCAUUGAAGCUUCAAUGAAGCUCAUCAACCUCUUUGCCGACAAGGUUUCUUGGGAACCAGACGUUUGUGGAUUCCUUAAAGACGAAGUUUUUAAGUUAGAUGAGAAGGUCCAGCCAUCCAAUCACUUUGUGGAUGAAGAAGUCAUAUCUCAUGUCUAUGAAGAGGGAUUUCGAAAUGUCGACUAUGAUUAUGAAGCUGGCAUGCAGCGGAAGUUGCACAGCCUUGACAGAGCUUCGCGCCGUCGAUCUAUCUGGUGGGGCUUGUCCAGUCGGUGGUUAUUAGUAGCUUUUGGAAUCUUCGCUACCCUAUCUCUUUUAUUUGUUUAUUCAAUUACCUCUAAAUAG